AUGGAUUUUCUUAAGUUCGCUUUGCUGGUUUCUUUUAACUUAGCAUUAGUUAUUACACAUAAUUGUUUUCCAAUCAGUGAUAGUGAGGAAGUCAUUGAAUAUCUUCAAAAAUUUGGAUAUUUAACAGAAGAUGAUAAAAUAACCAUAAAUCAAAUUGGUGAUGCUAAAGAAGACAAGCGGCUUGAGAGAGCAUUUAAAAAUUUACAAAAAAAUGGAAAUAUACCAGUAACAGGAAAGUAUGAUGAACGAACAUCAGCCUUAAUACAGACACCAAGAUGUGGAGUACCUGAUCAAGUUCUUAAUACUAAGCAAAACAAACAAUAUGCAUUCAUGUCAACGAAGUGGGAAACUACUAACCUUACAUACAGGUUCGAUUUCAUUAACAAUGAAAAGUUUGUUAAAGAAGGAGCCAACAUUCGUCGAAUCAUUCGAGAAGCAUUCAAUGUUUGGGAACGAGACACAGUAUUGAAAUUUACAGAAUCAAAUGAUGAAAUUGCUGAUAUUGUGAUUUCAUUUCAACAUCCAAAACACAUAAAAAUUGAUCCUGUCAUUUUUAGCAAUCAAGCUUUGGGUCAUGCAUUUCAACCAGGAAUGGAUUUAGGCGGUGAUGUUCAUAUAAAUGAACAGUUUGAGUGGGAUUUUAAUGUGAGCUAUGACAGAAAGCCUGCAAAUGGAAAAAUAAGUUUUUAUGGAGCUAUGCUUCAUCUUAUUGGACAUAGUUUAGGUUUAAAUCACACACUUGACGCUGAAGCAGUUAUGUACGAGUUCUAUCCUAAGCACACUUCAACCCUUACCGAAGAUGACAUUCGCGAAAUACACUCAAUCUAUGGAGUUCCACCUAACAGAAAAUACAUCCCAUUAGCUAAGCCUCAAGAUAGUGGAGAAGAUCGUCUUAUCUGGGACCUCACUCCACGUUUACCAGACAAAUGUAAUACAUCUUAUGAUGCAAUUGCAUUGAUUAAUGGCGAGAUUAUAGCAUUUAAGGGAAAAUUUAUGUUUAGCUCGAGAAUGGAUGUUGUGGAAAUUCGAUCUCGUUGGAGGCAAUUGCCACAUAGGAUUACUCAUGUUGAUGCUGUUUACCAAGCUACAGAUGGAAAAGUGCUCUUCUUUAUUGGCCAAGCUGUGUAUUCUUUUAUUGGCACUCAACUAGACAAAAUGUUUAAAUUAGAUGAUCUAGGCAUUGACUCAAGCAUCCUUAAGAUCGAUGCUAUUUUUAGAAGACUCGACAGUCAGCAAACUUACAUUUUCAUUGGCGAUUAUUAUAACAGAUUUGAUGAACAUAAAAUGAUGGUUAUAGGAAAGAGCAACAGAAUAUCAAAUGCAUUUAAAGAUGUUUAUGGCAUGGACACAGCAUUUACAUACAAAGACAUUACUUACUUCUUUAAAAAUGAAUACUACUUUGAAUUUAUGAACAGCAAUUGGGUGCUGCAGAGAAUGGCACCAGACUUGUCAGCAAACUUCUUUAUGAAUUGCAGUGUAGAAGUUCCGUCGAAUAGAGUUGUUGACACUAGUUUUAAAGCUAAUUCACGAAGAGAUUACAUAGAUACAGGUUUGGAUUUCUACACAUUCGAACCAGAUUGUGAAAAUCCUGAAAUAGAGCUUUGUUGA